AUGGCGACCCUGUGGAGGCAUCCGAGUCUCGAGUUCGACGUCAAGGUCGUCCGGGUUGCUGGCGUCGAGGCACGGCUCGAGGGCGGCCUCUUUGUGAGGUACUACGUCCCGUCCGGUGACAGGAGGCGGCGGAUCCGCGUGGACACGCGCGAGGUCCCGUGCGGCGCCGGCGGCGAUGACGUGCUCUGGGGCGAGCGCGUGCGCUUCCAGCUGGCGGGCAACGGCGGGGCCGUCGCCGCACCGGGCAAGGUCGCGUUCGAGCUCCGGUGGAGGCCGCGCCCUUCGUCGUCCGGCCUCGCGGCGUUCUUGGGAACAGGGAGGCCGUCGUCGCGCGUGCUGGCGGGGGCCGAGCUCGCCUUGUCGGCGCGCGCGAAGUCGGCGUCGGAGGAGAGCUGGCUGAGACUCUCGCCAGCGGGCCGGGAGCUGGGCGGUGGGUGCAAGGCGCCCAAGUUGCUCGUCGAGGUCAAGGUCGUCCACGCUGUAGCGGCAGCCGAUCGCGUGGCCGUGCAAGCGAGGAAGUUCGGCGGCGUCAACGAGUGCUGCCGUGGCGGCGAGCGCUGCGGUAGCUGCGGGUGGGUCGGGACCGAGGAGGACAUGUUCUUGGCGGCGACGUUUACUCAAUAGGAGUACCCCAAGAUUGUCAUGGUAGGUGAACUUCGUA